AUGAAUUCAAAGCCUUAACAUUAGACCAAUAGAAAAAUCUCUAAUCAAGAAUAAAUAGGUAAUCCAAAAAAACCUAAAAACAAUGGUUAAAAUUAAUUCGAGUCUUAGAAUGAAAUAAGAACUGAAUUUAUAAUUAGAUAGAUGGAAUACGAGGAAUUAUAUAAAUUUUCUAAUUCCUAGAGUGAAAAUUAAGUAAAUAUUUCAGAGAGAAAAGAUCAUCAAUAAAACAAAUUUAGAAAUAUUAUCAAUGAUGCUAAAUUAAGAUAUAUGAACUCUUAUUCUUAACCAAGCUAAUACUACAUCGAAAAGUAAGAAAGCUCCAUAAGAUAAAUAAUAGAAUAAUAAAGAAAUUAAAAGAGACUUCUAAGCAAAAUCAAUAAAGAUAACCCUUAAAAUACCAAUUAAAUCAAUUUAAAUUUGAUUCUUCUCUUAUUUAUCCCAAUACUCUGCUUAAUUGUUCUAGUAUCCGAAUUAUUCAAUAAAAAUUAGACAAUCAUAUGA